AUGAAUCAUUUCGAAAUUUUAGAAUAUUUUAUUGAAAAAGAAGUGGAAAACCAAAAUAGAUCCACUCUUUUCAAAUUAAAUACUUUGGCCACAGAUCUGAUGAGACAAUUCACUCUGAUGGAACGAGGAUGCAUCAACUAUAUUCAAUCUAUAAUAGUUGAGCCAGUAAUAAGCCAAUUGGAUAGAAAUCCAGUGGAUAUACUCUGUGUAAAUACAAUCACCUCUGACCUAAUCUCAAAGAUAAUCGACCACAAGGACGACUGUCCUCGCGCAAUCAGAAACAUCAGCUAUCUCAUUAGAAGCUCGGUUGGCAGACGCUUCAAUGACCUAUGGAUGACUUCAGUGAGCAGCUUCCUCUUUCUGAGGACGGUGGCACCGGCCAUCAUAUCGCCACACACUUACGGAGUCACCUAUAACUCUGCCGGCGAUCAAGCGAAAUACAAAAUUCAAGUACAGAUCGCCAAGUCAAUACACGACAUCGUAACAAGAGCAGUUACCAAUCCAACCGAGGAUAGUUUCAGAAUCGUCGAGUUCCUUCUGGACAUCUCGAGGACACCAAACUGCGAGGAAUCGAGCUGCUCUGACUUUAAAAUGACCAAUCGCUUCAGAAACGCAUCGAUCAACUCUCUCAGAGAAUACAUCAAAGAAUUGAAAAUCGACGACAACUGCAGCAACGAAAGAGAGUUACUCGGUGCCGAAUUGAUUCUAUUGAAUUUAGAUCGUAAAGAAAAAUCAAUAUUUAAAAAAGCUUUAACCAAAUUAAAAGUUUAA